GGAGAGCGGGCCCCAGCCUCGGCGCAGGGCGCGGGCAUUGGUGACGCACGCCGGAGAGCAAGGCGCCCACGUUUCCACCAUUAGCGAGGCCUCACACCCAGCGCUCCAAGUUCGGGGCUGGAGGCCUCCCGGCUUCUUCCUCCCUCCCCGAGGCGGGCCGGCCCCGCCCCCGCGCCCGCGCCCCGGGUCGCUCGCGGCGGCCCCGCCCACCUCCUACUCCUGGCCUCCCCCGGCGCAGCGUACUCCCCGCCGGCCGCAGCCUGACACGCCGCACGGCUCCCAGUCUCCCGCGGCCGCCUUCCCCAGGCAUGGCACAGGGCCUCGCCUCACUAUGGCAGCAGCACGGCACAGCACGCUCGACUUCAUGCUCGGCGCCAAAGCUGAUGGUGAGACCAUUCUAAAAGGCCUCCAGUCCAUUUUCCAGGAGCAGGGGAUGGCAGAGUCGGUGCAUACCUGGCAGGACCAUGGCUAUUUAGCAACCUACACAAACAAAAAUGGCAGCUUUGCCAAUUUGAGAAUUUAUCCACAUGGCUUGGUGUUGCUGGACCUUCAGAGUUACGACAGUGAUGCACAGGGCAAAGAAGAAACUGACAGUCUUUUGAACAAAAUAGAAGAAAGAAUGAAAGAAUUGAGUCAGGACAGUACUGGACGGGUAAAGCGACUACCACCCAUAGUUCGAGGAGGGGCCAUCGACAGAUAUUGGCCCACUGCUGAUGGGCGCCUUGUUGAGUAUGACAUAGAUGAAGUGGUGUACGAUGAAGACUCACCUUAUCAGAACAUUAAAAUUCUACACUCGAAGCAGUUUGGAAAUAUACUUAUCCUUAGUGGGGAUGUUAAUUUGGCAGAGAGUGAUUUGGCGUAUACCCGGGCCAUCAUGGGCAGUGGCAAAGAAGAUUACACUGGCAAAGAUGUACUGAUUCUGGGAGGUGGAGAUGGAGGCAUAUUAUGUGAGAUAGUCAAAUUGAAACCAAAGAUGGUCACUAUGGUAGAGAUUGACCAAAUGGUGAUUGACGGAUGUAAGAAAUACAUGCGAAAAACAUGUGGUGAUGUCUUAGACAAUCUUAAUGGAGACUGCUAUCAGGUGCUAAUAGAAGACUGCAUUCCAGUACUGAAAAGGUACGCCAAAGAAGGGAGAGAGUUUGAUUAUGUGAUUAAUGAUUUGACGGCUGUCCCAAUCUCCACAUCUCCAGAAGAAGAUUCCACUUGGGAGUUUCUCAGACUGAUUCUUGACCUCUCAAUGAAAGUAUUAAAACAGGAUGGGAAAUAUUUUACACAG